UGAGAAAGCAAGGGGGCAAAAACAGAAGAGGGCAGCGGACCGCAGCGGAGAGAAAAGGAAAAGGAGAGAAGCCUAGCUCGGGUUGUUUUAGUCUCAUUGCCAGUUCUCCCCGAGGUCCUGGGGCAAUGGUUGAAUUAAUCCAAUGAAUGGAUGAAUCAUUCUUCUCGCAUACCUCCCAAAUCGAAGUCCCAGUGCUUUCGACUUUGAAGCUCCAAGAGCUUACUCCUGUGACAGUCGCUUUUGAUUAGAAUCUGAGAGUAGUUGCUGAAUCCAAACCGCACGAGACUCAAAAACUACCGAAGAUGGGUUGGGGAAGGGCAAUGUAUGAAGGAGCCGUGGUGCUGGGAUCUCUUUGUUUACUUGGUUGGGCUGGUCUCUGGUUCUUGAACCGUCGUCUCUACAAAGAGUACGAAGAGAAACGAGCGCUGGUGCAGAUCAUUUUCAGCGUCGUCUUCGCCUUCUCCUGCAAUCUCCUCCAGCUUGUCCUCUUUGAGAUCAUUCCCAUCCUUUCCAAAGAGGCUAGAGUUGUGAACUGGAAGGUGGACUUUUUCUGUUUGAUCUUAUUACUGGUCUUCAUGCUGCCCUAUUAUCAUUGCUACUUGAUGCUCUGCAACAGUGGUGUAAGGAAGGAACGGGCAGCACUUGGAGCUAUAUUGUUCUUGCUGGCUUUUCUGUAUGCCUUUUGGCGCAUGGGCAUUCACUUUCCAAUGCCAUCACCUGAUAAAGGUUUCUUCACUAUGCCCCAACUGGUCAGUAGAAUUGGGGUGAUUGGUGUUACAGUUAUGGCUGUUCUGUCUGGUUUCGGUGCUGUGAACUUGCCCUACAGUUAUUUAUCACUUUUUAUCAGAGAGAUUGAGGAAGCAGAGAUUAAAGGCUUGGAGAGACAACUGAUGCAGUCAAUUGAGACUUGUAUUUCAAAGAAAAAGAAAAUUAUACUUUGUCAGAUGGAGAUGGAGAGCAGCCAAGGAUCUGAGGAGAAGUUAAAUGCCAGAUCCUUUGUAAAACGUAUAGUUGGCACAGUCAUUCGAUCUGUGCAGGAGGAUCAAAAGGAGCAAGAUAUCAAAGGCAUGGAAGCAGAAGUACAAGCUUUAGAGGAGCUUUCAAAGCAAUUAUUCUUGGAGAUUUAUGAACUUCGCCAAGCCAAGGAAGCUGCCGCUUAUUCUCGAACUUGGAGGGGGCACUUGCAGAAUCUACUUGGCUAUGCUUGUUCUGUGUAUUGUGUAUAUAAAAUGAUCAAGUCAUUGCAAAGUGUUGUUUUCAAGCAGGAUGGUUCUGUUGAUCCUGUAACAAGGACAAUUAGUAUAUUCUUACAGUUCUUUGACAUCGGAAUCAAUGCUGCCUUAUUAUCACAGUACAUUUCCUUACUGUUCAUUGGAAUGUUGAUUGUCAUAUCGGUGCGUGGAUUCUUAACAAAUCUAAUGAAGUUCUUUUUUGCUGUUUCCCGUGUUGGAAGUGGAUCUUCAAGCAAUGUAGUCCUGUUUCUGUCUGAGAUAAUGGGAAUGUAUUUUGUAUCGUCUAUUCUUUUAAUCAGGAAAAGCUUGGCAACUGAAUACAGGAUAAUUAUUACAGAGGUAUUGGGUGGUGAUAUUCAAUUUGACUUUUAUCACCGGUGGUUUGAUGCCAUUUUUGUUGCCAGUGCGUUCCUUUCGUUGCUUUUACUGUCUGCGCAUUAUACAUCCCGCCAAACUGAUAAACACCCAAUUGACUGAAGCAUACAACCUGU